GGAAAACGAUGAUUAUCCCCGGACGUGUCGCACUCGCCCGUAAGGUUUUAACGAAUCUGACCUCGGCCGAGCAUCAAGCCCAGCCAUGCGGCAUCGAUCUUACGCUUAAGUGCAUUAUGAACACCACAGCCGGAACGUCACUUUCACUCAAUGGGAGCACCCAGACUCCCGAUGCAACCAUAGAAUUCCCUCAUGAACACGUGAAUAUCACCUGCGGCUCAUACCUUGUCGAGUUCAACGAGCUUGUUGAUAUGCCGCUUGAUCUCAUGAGUCAAGUUCUAGUCCGUAGUUCACUGUUUCGAUCAGGUGUGCUCAUAAAUGCUGGUGUCAUGGAUAGCGGAUACAGAGGCGCCGUUGGUGCGAUGCUGCAGGUGGUUAAUCCUCACGGUUUGCGAUUGCUUCGGGACGCGAAGCUUGCGCAAAUCGUUUUCCAUCAGAUGAGAGAGCCGGUGCAGGGUUAUAAUGGCAUGUACCAAGGCCGUACGUUUGUCUAA